CUUGUAUAACUGUACCUUUAUCUCUUUUCUGUGAACGAUUUGUUCUGUGAACGAUUAGAAAGCGCUUUAGAAGGCUGUGUCUUGACUGGGACUGGGUGCUGCAUGAAUCAGAUUGAAGAUAUUUUGCUUUGAUGUUUAAUCAACUUUCAGGAGAGCAAGCAAUUAUUUAAGUAAGCAAGCCCAUAGGAGAAAUUAAUGUUAGGGCUUGCCGAAUUUUAUUUGGUGCAUGAAUGGUGGUUGUGAACUCAUGCAGUUUAUAAAUCUGUAAUAGCUCUGGGUGUGUUUAUUUGCCCUGGAAUUAAGGAAGAUGAAUGAGAAACCAAACUCUUUCCAUUAAGGUCUCACACGUAGAGAAACCUAUUUAUCAUAUUUGAAACUUCUGCAUAAAGAACCUAAGCAUAGAGAAUAUGUACAAAUUGUCUGUGUUGUUUGCUACGGGCUGAAGACGGAUGAGCCAAUGGAAACUGGUGAAACCAGAUUCUUAAAUAGAGCAUUUGGGAGAGAAGACAAAGACAAGAAGGAUGAAAAGAACAAAGGAAAAGAACAUAAAGACCAUAAAGAUGGAGACAAAAAGGAUAAGAAAAAGAAAAAAGAGAAAAAGGAGAAAAAGCAUGACGGGCAAGACGAUGACAGCUCCAGCAGCAGCUCUGACAGUGAUUCUGGAAAGACUCACAGUGGUGAUAAGAAGAAAAAGGAAAAGAAAUGACUUUGAGGCAGCCCACACACCUUCCAGCUGAAUUGAAGUUCCACUAGUGAAGGUUAUUUGGGCAUUGGAGGAGAAACAAAAAUUAUGUUCAUUUUCUUCAAAAUAAAAUGUCUUUAUUUUGGUUUACCUUAA